AUGUCAUCUAGCGACCUACUUUCACUUUGUCUGUUUUCUUGUGUCGUUUUUCUGUGUUUUCUUUACACUGGCGCUGUUUAUCCAAAGUCCAAAGAGUGCAAAAGGCUUUGCAUUUUUGAUAUAAUCUUAAGAGAUCAAUGUCCUGGAGCUUCUAUCCUACACAGUUUUAAAACUUGGAGAUUCGAUCGAAGACAGGUCCUAGCUACUACUUUUCCUCUGGACCCAAUUUUGCAAAACUACGUGAGACAAGUCCCGAAAUGUUUAUUUUCUGUCGUCUACCCCGUUCCUCUUAAGACAGAGACGUAUCUUGUAUCUUAUUCCAAGUCAGUUCUCAAUCACAUUUUGGAUUUGUCAGAUUAUGUAACCACCUCAAAAGAAUUUGUAGAUUUUGUGAGUGGAUCCUGGGUGUUGUCUGGUUCCGUUCCCUUGUCCCACAGGUAUGGAGGACACCAGUUUGGCUACUGGUCAGGUCAGCUCGGGGAUGGAAGGGCAGUGAUGUUGGGGGAGUACACUAAUCAGCGAGGAGAGAGGUGGGAACUCCAGCUUAAGGGAUCGGGAAGGACACCAUAUUCUCGUCAGGGAGAUGGUAGGGCAGUCCUCAGGUCAUCUGUAAGGGAGUUCUUAUGCAGCGAGGCAAUGUUUCAUCUUGGUAUACCCACCAGUCGAGCAGCAACUCUAGUGGUGUCUGAUGACCCCGUUAUACGGGACCAGUUUUAUGAUGGACAUCCUCGAGUCGAGAGAGGAGCUGUUGUUCUUAGGUUAGCUCCUUCCUGGUUCCGAAUUGGAUCACUUGAAAUCCUGGCAAAAAAUAAGGAGCUUCAGGUUCUUCGUCAGCUUUUAGACUUUGUCAUUGAGAACUAUUUUUUACACAUAAAUACGACAGACAAGGAUAAGUACUUGGAGCUCUACAGUACGAUUGUGUCGGACACAGCUGAGCUGAUUGCCCACUGGCAGAGCGUAGGAUUCACUCAUGGAGUUUGUAAUACUGAUAACUUCAGCCUCCUCGCAAUCACAAUUGAUUAUGGCCCCUUUGGGUUCAUGGAGGAUUACAAUCCUAAAUUUGUACCAAACUCCUCAGAUGAUGAAGGUAGAUACAGCUAUGAAAACCAGCCAGAUGUAGGAGUUUUUAAUUUGGAAAAAUUAGGAGGAGCAAUAAAACCUGUACUGAAUCAGCAGCAGCUGAAACAAUUACCCUAUAUACUGCAAGGCUAUGAGAGAAUUUAUAAAGACAAGUUCAUGAAGUUGUUUAGGCAGAAGCUAGGUUUGUAUACAGACAAAGAGGAUGAUGAGAAUUUAAUUGCAGUUUUUCUAAAAAUCAUGGAAGAUACAAAGUCAGAUUUUACUAUGUCCUUUAGAGAACUUGGAGAAAUUGAUCUGUUAGGAUUGAAGACAGAGUCCGUCCCUCAGAAUUACUGGGCUUUAAAUACAAUGGCAGACCAUGAGUGGUUCUGGAAGUGGGUUGCAAUCUACAAAAAAAGAUUACAACUUGAAGGGACAACAGAAAAAAGAAGACAGUCUCUCAUGAAUAAAACCAAUCCAAGAUACAUACUGAGGAACUGGAUGGCCCAGGAGGCUGUAGAGAAAGCAGACAGAAAUGAUUUUAGUGGGGUCAAUAAACUUCUGAGUAUCCUGGAGCAUCCUAUGGAAUUUGACGAAGAAGCUGAGAAGGCUGGAUAUUCCUCCAGGUCCCCAGAGUGGUCCAAAUCUCUCAGGGUCAGCUGUUCUUCAUGACUAAGGGGAAAAACUCAGGGACAUUUAGUCAUAUUUUAUUUUACAAUCAUUUCAGUUGAUAAUGUCAUUGUGUUGUACAUGUAUGUCAGCAAUGGAGCUAGGAAGAAUGUUGAAAGAGAGAUAACUAUGGACUGUGA